GUUUUGGAGUAGAUGCUUCUUACGUAGAAAAGACGAGAAUAGAGCGGCAACAGCAGCACAGCACAAAAACUUUGACUUGCUCCGAAGUGAAAACAUUUCUCUUGAAUCUUUACAAAUUAUAACCUCAAAAGAAAAUUGUAAAAGAUAAAAUAAAAUCAUAUCUUUGACCAGUCUGAACACAAAAAAAUUCAAAAUAAUGGAGUUGACAACUUCAGCCACCACCAACUUACUAAUAAACACAGCCACCACCACCACCUCAAAAUAUUCUCAUGAACCGGUAACAGUAACAGUAUCGAAAAAGAGAAGAAUCGUAAAAGAUGUCUGCCAGUGCAAAGAAAGGUGCGGAGAGUGCGAUAGAGGCGAUUGGGAUGGGUUACGAUCUAACAGAUGAUUUGAGGCUGAAGUAUUGCAAAAUGAAUACCUCACGAUUGAUAAUGAUUGAGGAUGAUAAAGUUAGGGAUAUUGCAAUUCCAGGCGGGUUCUCUAUUCCUAAUGUCCCUAAGUCUAUUAAAUGUGAUAAAGGCGAGCGCAUCAGGUUCAGUUCUGAUCUACUUUCUUUCCAACAGAUGUCGGAGCAGUUUAACCAGGAACUAUCACUUUCUGGAAAAAUUCCUUCAGGUCAUUUUAAUGCGGCAUUUGAAUUUAGCGGAAUUUGGCAGAAAGAUGCUGCCAAUACUAAAGCUGUUGCUUUUGAUGGCGUUUUUAUCACACUUUACAACAUUGCACUAGAAAAAUCCCAGGUGGUGCUGCGUGAUAAUAUCAAAGAAGCUGUUCCUUCAACAUGGGAGCCUGCUGCAUUAGCCAACUUUAUAGAAAAGUAUGGUACUCAUGUGGUUGUUGGUGUCAAAAUGGGGGGAAAGGAUGUGGUAUAUGUGAAGCAACAGUACUCAUCGCUGCUUGAAUCUGCUGAUAUACAGAAAAAACUAAAAGACAUAGCAGACAAGAUAUUCAUAGAUGGAACUGGACAUAAUAUUACUAGUUCCGAGAUUGCCAAGGAGCAGGGCCUCACAUUCAUGGAACAAUUUUCAUCCAGCUCUUAUACGGAAACAGAGGACAUUAAAUUCAUACAUAAGAGGAAAGGCGGGUUGAAAAAGAACCUGCAGCACAGUGACUGGUGUCAUACUGUACAGUUCGAACCUGAUGUUAUCUCAAUGUCAUUCAUUCCAAUCACAUCCCUAUUGAGUGGAAUCAAUGGAAGUGGGUUUCUGACUCAUGCUAUUAAUCUCUACAUCCGUUAUAAGCCGCCAGUUGAAGAGUUACAUCAAUUUCUAGAAUUCCAGCUUCCAAAGCAGUGGGCACCAGUGUUUGGUGAGCUUGCCCUUGGUCCAGAUAGGAAGCAACAAACUAAUGCAUCUUUACAAUUCAGCUUCAUGGGUCCUAAACUUUAUGUUAAUACGAUACCGGUUGAUGUGGGGAUCAAGCCAGUUACUGGCCUUCGACUGUAUCUGGAAGGGAAAAGGAGCAAUUGCUUAGCAAUUCACUUGCAGCAUCUGUCCUCGAUGCCUAGGACCUUCCAACUUGAGGAUGACCAGGUUGGCAACAUCUCUGAUCCUGUGUCUGAGCGCAGGUACUAUGAGAAGGUUCAGUGGAAGAGUUUCUCGCAUGUAUGUACAGCCCCUGUUGAAAGUGAAGAUGAGCUCGCAAUUGUCACAGGGGCCCAUUUUGAAGUUGGGGACUCUGGGUUAAAGAAAGUUUUGUUUUUACGGCUACAUUUUUCCAAAGUAGUCGAUGCCGCAGCUCUGAGAAGGUCUGAGUGGGACGGUUCUCCUGCCAUGGCGCAGAAGUCUGGAAUAAUAUCUUCAUUUAUCAGCACUCGCUUCUCAACUGUUCAAAAGCCACCUCUAAAGCAACCUGACUUGAACAUAAACUCCGCGGUAUACCCUGGGGGUCCUCCUGUGCCUGCACAGGCACCUAAAAUGUUGAAGUUUGUUGACACUACAGAGAUGACAAGAGGCCCCCAGGACUCACCUGGAUACUGGGUUGUGUCCGGAGCAAAGCUUAAUGUUGACCAGGGAAAAAUCUCUCUCCGAGUCAAGUAUUCUCUUCUAACUGUGAUUUUACCUGAUGAAGAGGUGCCACUUGAUGUAUAAAUGGCUAAGCAACGAGGGAAGGAAAGCAGUGAAAAAGAGGAUCAAGUUCUGGAUUAGGAGACCUUGAUUGGAAAAUUGUGGUUCUGCAAAAAAAGAUUCUGGUGAUUGUGUUGAAGCGAUUUGUAUGAAAUAAUUCAAUGAGGUUGUAUAUAAAUUUUUUUCUUGUGUGUAAUCUCUGUAGAGCUUCUGUGAUUUUGCCUGCUAUGGAAAUAUUUAAUACCGAGAAUAGAGAGAGAGUUACGUCUUCCUUCCCCUUUCACUGAAAUAGUUCUAGCGAAGAGUCGAGGAAAUGCUUAUCCCCUUUCAUCUUCUGGCUUUAGGAAGAGAGUUUUCUUGAGUAAGCUAAAAUGGUGUUUGACACUUACAAAAUGAUUAUUUAAUAUUUUUUUCGAGUUA